GUAUUGUCGUGUUUAUCUAGAGCUACACGCGUUCCGACCACCGUUAACGUGAAAUUCCGUGAAAAACAGUGUUUGAGGAAAAAACUGUCCCCAAAUUAAGAUCUCUGUUUUCUGUUCUGUCCUCUCAAAAUCUCCACUUUCAUUCCAAGAUCCACCUCCAGAACCUUGUGUUUCUGCUCUGAUCUCUCACCUCACCUACCUACCUGGGUUCACUUUUUCCCCAUUCUGUUUUUUCUUUUCCCAAUUUAGAUUAUCUUCUGAGAAAAAAGAAAAGAAAUUUUCUGAGCAAGUCAAAACCAAUGAUGAUUGAGUGAAGAAAGAAGCAACCGGAUCAAUAGAAUCUAUAGUAGAUAAUUUGGCAAUGGCUACAGAGUCCAAAAUCACUGCGGUGAAGCUCAAGUCAAGUGCCCAACAACAUGUCUCAGCUUCCAAGCCAAAGUUUGAUUCUUCAGCUCUCAAAAAGAAGAUUGAUAGCACCUCAACCAGAAACCCACCUGAUUCUAAGGUGAAAUCUGUCACCACUGUCACCAAAUCCCCCAAUGAUUCUAAGAUGAAAUCUGUCACCGCUGUCACCAAAUCCACCACUGAUUCUAAGAUCAAAUCUGCCACCACCACUGUCACCAAAUCUGAGGUUAAAUCAAAAGCAACGGCAUCAUCAUCCAAAACAAUAACAAAGAAAACUACUACCACCAAAGUGAGAGAGAGGAAAGUCUACAAUCUACCUGGCCAGAAACAUGAUCCUCCUGAACAGAAAGAACCCCUGAGGGUUUUCUAUGAGUCAUUGUCAAAACAGAUACCAACAAGUGAAAUGGCGGAAUUUUGGUUAAUGGAACAUGGGUUGCUGUCUCCUGAUAAAGCAAAGAAAGCAUUUGAGAAGAAGCAGAGGAAGCAAAAGGGGCUUUGGACAGGAGGCACUCCUGUUAAGUCAUCAAAGCCCUCAACCUCAACUAAAACUAAAACUGAAACUUUAGUGAGGAAGCAACUGCCACAGGGAUCAAAAAAUGGUGAUAUAAAAGCCAAGAAAAAAAUUGUCAGUGAGAGUGAUGAUGACGAUGAUGAUUUCAUUUUAAGUCAUAAAAGAAGAAAAUGGUAAGAAAAAGCCUCAUGAUGUUUAUUUAACAGGGAACAGAAUUAAAAAGGUAAAAGAAAUCAUGUUGUAAGAUUGUUAGAAUAAAACAUUAUUCAUGUGUUGUAACUUGCUGAUUCAAUAAGGGAUCGACAUGCAACUACAUUUCUGCAAUCUACAUGCAAUGGAAACUGCUUUCCCUUUUCUUCUUUCUUCUUACAUUUGAUUGUAUAAUAUUACACUUGAAUAGUUUAAUUUGAGAACUUUGGUGGCUUUUAUUUC